GAGGAGGCGGAGGAAGCGGCGGCGGCGGCGCCAGGAACAGGGAGGCGGCGGCACGGCGAGGGAGGGAGCCAGAGCCGAAGCCGGGCCGGGCCCCGCGAAAGCAACAGCAGAGCCAGCUCCUCCUUCUCCUCCUCCUCGUCCACCAAGGUUGGAAGAUUUCUUGAAAGAUUCUUAGACUCCUUCAGCUUGCCAUGGUUAGCCUGGAGCCAGGCUUGCUGCUGCAGGUUGUGCUGCUAACAUCGCACGUGUUUGGAGGAAAUGGCUCUUGGAGUUAAAUGAGGCUGGAUAAAACACAUAAAUGAAGCAGAAGCUGCUCUUCGUGUGUUAGGGCUAUAUCACUGCAAGCACUGCUGAUCAGCCAGAUUUGGUAACUUGUCAUAAUGAAGAAAAUUAGUCUCAAAACAAUUCGCAAGUCCUUUAACUUAAAUAAAAGUAAAGAUGAAAGUGACUUUGUAGUGGUUCAGCAGCCAUCAUUAAGUGAAUUUGGAAAAGAUGACUCCUUGUUUGGCAGCUGCUAUGGUAAAGAUUUGGCUAGCUGUGAAGUCAAUAGUGAAGAUGAAAAAGGAGGCAAAAAUAGAUCAAAAAGUGAAAGUUUAAUGGGUACGUUAAAAAGGAGGCUUUCAGCAAAACAAAAACAGAAAGGCAAAGGCAGCACACCAUCUGUAAGCUCUGCAGAUGAUGACACAUUUUCUUCCUCAUCUGCUCCAAUAACCUUCAAAGAUGUGCGAGCUCAAAGACCUCUGAGAUCCACUUCCCUCCGUAAUCACCAUUACAGCCCAACUCCAUGGCCACUUCGACCUACAAAUUCAGAAGAGACUUGCAUCAAAAUGGAAGUGAAAGUCAAGGCCUUGGUCCAUUCCUCUAAUCCAAGCCCAGCACUGAAUGGUGUUCGAAAGGACUUCCAUGACUUGCAGUCAGAAAAUGUGUUCCAGGAACAAACCAAUGCAUUAAAAAAUACGGAAUCUCAGAACGGGGACUUGCAUCUUCAUAUUGAUGAACAUGUGCCUGUAGUUAUUGGAUUAAUGCCUCAGGACUACAUUCAGUAUACUGUGCCUUUAGAUGAGGGAAUGUAUCCUUUGGAAGGAUCACGUAGUUACUGUCUGGAUAGUUCCUCACCCAUGGAAGUUUCGACUGUUUCUUCUCAAGUGGGGGGAAAUGCUUUCCAUGAAGAUGAGAGCCAAGUGGAUCAGGACGUAGUCGUUGCACCGGAUAUCUUUGUGGACCAGACGGUGAAUGGUUUGUUGAUUGGUACCACAGGAGUCAUGUUGCAAAGCCCAAGAGUUAAUCAUAGCGAUGUCCCUCCACUCUCGCCUUUGCUACCUCCAAUGCAGAAUAAUCAAAUCCAAAGGAACUUCAAUGGAUUAAAUGGCACAGAUGCCCAUGUGGCUGAAAGUAUGCGCUGCCAUUUGAAUUUUGAUCCUAACACUGCCCCAGGAGUUGGAAGAGUUUAUGACUCUGUACAGAACAGCGGUCCUAUGGUUGUGACAAGCCUCACAGAAGAACUGAAAAAACUUGCAAAACAAGGAUGGUACUGGGGCCCCAUUACACGCUGGGAGGCAGAGGGAAAAUUAGCUAAUGUGCCUGAUGGCUCAUUUCUCGUUCGAGAUAGUUCUGAUGAUCGUUAUCUUUUAAGUUUGAGUUUUCGUUCCCAUGGAAAAACUCUUCACACUAGAAUUGAACACUCAAAUGGUAGGUUUAGUUUUUAUGAACAGCCAGAUGUGGAGGGACAUACGUCUAUAGUUGACUUAAUUGAACAUUCAAUCAGGGACUCUGAAAAUGGAGCUUUCUGCUACUCGAGAUCCCGGCUGCCGGGAUCUGCAACUUACCCAGUGAGACUGACAAAUCCAGUGUCCCGGUUUAUGCAGGUGCGCUCUUUACAGUACCUGUGUCGUUUUGUAAUACGUCAGUACACCAGAAUAGACCUGAUUCAAAAACUGCCUUUGCCAAACAAAAUGAAGGAUUAUUUACAGGAAAAGCACUACUGAAAGCUUACGGGAAUCUUGCAUCUUGCACUUUGGGAACAACAACAACAAAAAGAGAUUGAAUUACAGUUUACAGACUUUCAUUAUUAUCAAAAUCUUUUGCUGCCAUAAAAAUAUUUCAUUUUUGUCUGUAAAAGAAAAGUAAUCCAUUUGGAUUUAUGUUUGUUUUGGGGGGUUUUGUGUAUUUUGGGAGGCUUUUUUUUCUUGUUUUGUUUUGUUGAAAGAAUGAUCUCAAGUUUAUUUUUAGAAGUGUGAAAUAGCUAUCUUUCAUCAAUGUGCAGAUUAAUCACAAUGUGAAUGAUCAAAUUCUCCUUAAUUUCCCCCAAGUCCUUUGCUGCUAUCCACUGUGAUUUUUAUGCAUUGAAAGCACAUUUCAUGUGUAUUCAACGAUCAGUAAAAGUCAAAUGAAACUUGUUGAAUGGAAUUUUUUUUUCCUUUAAAACAACCUCUGGAAAAAAAUUAUCAUGGAUAAAUAACAUAUUGGUAUUCUAAAUUACUGAUUUCACAUCUAAGUUAAAAACUGUUUCCUAGUGUCGUAAUUAGACAUUUCUGUAGAGAUAUGCCCUGAUGUAUAGACAGAGCUGUGUGAUAAGAAAAUGGUUAUGUGGCAUAUCUUUGGGAAAAAAAAAGCCUUCCUCCUAAGCCUUGUACUGUCUGUACACUCUUGUGUUUGAGAAGGUUGGUUCAGCCUUCUUCUCGUCUCAGUGUUUUGUCCUCUAAAAAUGGCCUUUAAAAAACAGUCUAUGAAAGUCAAUGUAUAGUACCUAGAAGAAAAUUGUGGUAUUGGGGUCUUGUAAAAUAUUACCCUUUAUAAUCAUGCCAUCAGUUAAUAAAUGAUCACCUACCAGGUCCCCUCUUUCUUUCCUUUUCCCUCCUGCCUACUCUUGCAGAGAAAGGGAAGGAAGUUUCCUGGAUUUGUGGGAAGACUCUAGGAAUUGUUAUCAUGGGAACGUAAAUUUAUAAGCCAUUUUGGGGAUGGGGUAAAACUUCUAAUAGGAUGAUUUCUACCAUAUUUAUGUUCAAGCUACUUGAAAUUUUAUCAUUUCCAUUUUUCCACAUUUUUCUUUCACUUCAGAAAGUACAGUAAUACACUAAUGUCCUUUGGAUCAUUUUCCCCUUUUUUCUGUAUCCUUUGAGGAGGAAGGAAAAGGACUGAUAACAUUUUAUAUGGAAGAUGUUUAAAUGCAUCUCUAAAGUGCUAUUCUCCUAGCCUUUAAAAUUAUUGGGAAGAGAUGUUUGGAUAUACAGUGACCGCAGAAUAUGUUUCAGUUUGCUGUCAUGAAAUACGUUUUGACAUAUGAAAUAUUGAAUCAAUUAAAUAAGUGUUUAUGAUAUCUGUCAAAGAUUCUGGCAUUUGGAAAGCUUACAGUUAUUCCAACCUUCUGUAGGGAAAAAAAGACUUUCAGUGGGGAGUACAGGUUCUACACUGUAAUAUUUUCAUCAUGCAAGGUUAAUCCAUGGCAUUUUCCUGUUUUAUUUUAGUUUGGUUUUAUUUUCUCCCAUGUUUUUAUCAUUUUUAUGAGUUACUUGCUACAGGGGUCAUAGCUGGCUUGGGAAGGAGGCCUGCCUCUGCCUUGCUGAGAGGCCUUGCUUUGCAUGCCUCUGCCCCCCUGUUUUGUGUUUUAAAAUGUCAUGUUCCCCAUCUCUGGUAGAAGUGGCUAAUGAGUAAAGAUCACCUUAGAAAAAAAGUCCAUCUUUUUGAUACAUCCUUCUUGUUUGGGUCAUUUUCUUCUCCUUCUUUAAUCUAGCAUUUCUGUCCCCUAAAAUGAGUCUUUAGAAGUGAAUACAGUAUUGCUGCAAGGUGGUGCAGUAGCACUACAUCUUGGGUUGCCUGAAUUGAUAGACAAAAUUUAUAUUUUUUUAAUUUAUUUUUUGACCAUAAUGUUUAACUAAAAAAUAAAAAAAUAAAAUCAAAGGUAGAUAAAGACUGCCUUUGCUUUUAAGGGAGGGAGAAUAAGGAUUUCCUCUUUAGUCUGAUAAAGUUUUAAACUUAAAAAAGAAAAUAAUCUAGAGCAGUCUAUACAUGUGAUUUGUUGGCUCUGCCAUGGAGAUAUAUGUAUGAAAGGGAGGAUUCUCUUUACUUUUUUUCCCUCUACUGACUUCUCCCCCUACCCAGUCAUGUCCCAUUCCCCCUCCCCUGAAUCAGGAUCACUAACUUUAUUCAAAAAGGCACAAUAACCUAUUGUAUGGUACAGUGUUCUGAUUCUGUCUGUGGAGAGGAAAAAAAAAAUCAUUUUUAUGGAUUUCAGAUGCAUACUUUUGGAAAAAACCUCUGGCAUUUUCUUCACUUUAAAAAUUCUUUCCCCAUACUAAGAGGGCCUAUGCAUUCUACAGAAUCUUUGAAAGAUUAUAGUAUAUAAAAUAUUUUCGUUGCCAUUUAAUACCACUAUUGAAUACAUUAAACAUAUGUUUAUACUAUGCCACAUGCAUUAAUUUAGCAGUCAUUGCGUUGAAACCUAAGUAUUUGAAGCUAUAAUAUCCCGGUCUUAUUGUGGAAUUGAAAAACGUGCAAGAGCACACAUGCUGAAAUUCUUGCCCAUGCCUUUAUAAAUUUCAGUUGUUCACUCAUAAAUGAUGCUUUUUAAAAUAAAAAACUGUUUUAAAACA